GCAAAAAACUGGGACAUUGUGUCACAGCCGAUGUAAACCACAUCAGAUCAGUCCUCCUCACCCCCCUGUCUUACCCCAGCCUGCUAACUAUGGCAAUGUCCCAUAUAUUUGAGUCACUGCAGAGGAUGUGUGUGUGUCUGUGUGUUUUUCUUACACAACAGCUCUCUCUCUCUCUCUCUCUCUGGUCUGCCCUACCCCAAAACAUCACCACCAGUAAAUCCCUGACAGCCCAGCCUCUCAGUGUGGAGUUGAAAUCCCACAGCACUGUACACAGAUAAGGACAUGUGUGUGUGAGAGAGAGGGAGAGGGAGAGAGGGAGAGAGCAGUUCCAUGGGAUCACAAGCAGCAGGGAGAGGCAGAAGCGUGGACACAGAGAGAAUUUGGAAACCUCAACCAACAUUUCAGACACAACAUGAUGGUCCAGACAGCGCUGCUGUGGAUAUUACCUACCCUCCAGCUCCUGAGCUCAGCCGAGCGGACUCCCAGGCUGAAAAUCCACCUGAAAGAUGUGCCUGUUCUGCAGUUUGACACCCUGCAGAAAUUCACAGUCCACUUCCACGAUGAGAGAUCAGCGUCUCUCUACAUUGGCAUGACUGGCAGAAUCGUCCAGCUCUCCUUCGGUCACAGCAACGUCUCCCAGACACUGAUCCCGUUAGCUCUGGACGAUAACAGCAAGGACAGCUGCAAAAGCAAAGGCACUCUGUCCCCGGACCUCUGUCGGAACGUGAUAACCGUGAUCGAGAGGCUGAACGUCAGCGCCAUCAUCAUCUGCGGGACCCACGCUGGAAGUCCCAGCUGCUGGUUUCUGCAUGACAACGGGACGCAGUUGGCGACCGACAGAGAAGGGCACGGGAUCGUGAAUGAUGGGAGAGGGAUCUCACCACCGUCGCCAACCCAGCCGCACGCCAGCAUCGCCGUCGGUCAGUAACGCCAUCACCCAGCG